AUGUCUCAAGCAAUGCGCAUCGUCCCCGGCAACUCCAACGCCCAGACCUACACUCACAUUUCGCACACAUCCUCCGCCCCUUCCGCCCCGGGCAUCCACGAUACUCUCCGCCACGGUGUCGGCGCAUCCCCCUUCGACUCCAAGUCCACACCUGCCUCUGCUCACCCCCUCGAAGCCCGCCUGAAGAACUGGGAGGCUACUCAGGAGGCUCUCAAGAUGGAGACACUUCGACGCACCUACGGCAUGGCUGAGCCUAUUCGACGCGGUAUGGAGCUCAAGAUUGUUCAGAACGGCGAGUGGCGGCCCAUGGCCCUCGGCAAUGGCCUUCCCAGCGUUCACGAGGAUAUUCUUAGGGGCCGCGAUACUACCAUCACCUGGGAGGAUGUCUUCACUGGCGAUGAGACAAGGGCUAUUGCUGGAUUCCACGACGAGAUGGAGAAGAAGCUUAAGAUCCAGUAA